AUGAACCAUCAAUCGUUUCCGAACCGUUCGCAAGAACAAUUCAAUCUCCCGGCAGAGAACUGCAACUUCGCAUUCUUCGACGAUUGGCAGAAUGUCUAUGAUGAAUGGCUGUAUGAGCCACAGUCGACUCUAGCGAACGAUGUUGAACACUCGCUUUUCUUCGAACAUGCACAAUCCAUGGCUUCACAGUUCGCUGGACCCGUUGCCAAUGACCAAAACGGGUUCGCACAAAGCUCCGCCCGCAUCGAUCAGGAUAAAGUCGAGCCUUCCACGUCGACCAUGGACAGCUCAUGGACCACCGAAAAGGAGCGCGAUCCGAUCGAAAUUGUGAACGUCGUGUCGAAGCGGUUGUCGUAG